AUGACGUGCCCCGGCGAUACUCCGCUACACACGCUGAUUCGGAGCUUCGAAGGUGUCGAAUAUUUCGUCGAGAAUUUAUUGGAAAACGGUGCCAGCGAUAUCAACGUCCGCAACUCGGAAGGUGAGACGCCUCUGCUCCUGGCUAUCCAGAAUGAUAAAUGCUCCCCUGGGUUAAUAAAUUUACUUCUGCGUCACGGAGCUGAUGUCAGAGCCGCAUCGUCUCGAGACGGCAACACCGCACUGCACCGGGUGGCAACAGUGCUCAGCCGCAUGGAAAAUAUCGGGACGUGGUGGACUAUCGCGGUUACUCUACAUAGACGCGGUAGCGACGCCAAUGCUAGAAAUUUGCAAGGUUGUACACCUCUUCACUUAGCGGUCGAAUCCAAGCACAUUUUCCGGCCAAUCGUCAACCUACUUUUGGAACACAAGAGCGAUGUCAACGCCAGAAAUUCGAAAGGCGAUACUCCGCUUCACUUGUACAUGCGAAGCGAUACGGUCCGUAGCUUCAAUAAGAGAAGGUUCCUGGAUAAAGCCAGAGCCUCCGACUUCCUCGUGAACGACGUCAACGCCAACGGCGAGACCCCUCUUCAGUUGGCUGCCCGCAGUAAGCUCUGCGAUGUCGCUUUGAUCAAAAAGUUUCUGGAGCUCGGGGCCGAUGUGAGCCUCACCGACGCGACGGGUGAGAACGCCUACCAGGCCUAUUGCCGCGCCAUCGCGGAUAACGAAGAUAAGGAGGAUCGCAGAAAAAAGGACAUUUUGUUAUCGCAGAAGCUUCUCCAAGGGAAUCUGCAACAGCUCGUCAACUCCUCCUUACACGUAGCCUGUCUAUUCCACAACGUCGACGCAGUCCACAGGUUGCUGAGGCUGGGCGCGGACGUCAACAGCGUGGAUCCGUUCGACUACGCGCCGCUCUACUACGCUGGCGUCGCGAGGUUUGAGGGUGACCUUGAAAAUGAGUGCGCGACCAUCAGGCUGAUGCUCGAUUACGGCGCCGAUAUCAACCAGCCCCACACACCAGCACGUCCCGACAACAACGUCAGCCAUAGCAUGACCACUUUCCUAGAAGAAGUGAUAGUGUGGGGGUCGUUGAUAUGGCGCAGAAGACCUGGCAAUCAUGCAAGCAAUCUCUAUUUGGACGCGCGCAAUACUUUUGUCCAGCACGCGGCCAAACUGUUGGCGCUGCAGGAAAGCCAAGCCGAGCGUGGCGUUGACGUGCAGCUGCUGAACAAGUUUAACCACCGGCUUUUGAAGACGUACGAUUUGGGCAAAACAGGAUACAACGACUGGCUCUCUCGCUGCUUCGACGAGUUGAGGACGAUGAGCCAGACCAAGAUAGGCGAGAGCAGGGUGUUCUUCUACGAUGUUCUGGUCGCCAGCGCGAAUGAGGCGCUGAUUUACUCGAAGAACAAGAAUCUGAUCGAGGCGUUUCAGGCCGAAAAGACCGCGUUUCCGUUGUACCAGGGAAUGAUGGAGGCGAAGAUCGAGAGGGGCAUCGAGCGUCGAAAGCUCAUCGAAAGAGCGACUGUUUUGUUGAUGAGCGACAUCCUGGUACAAUUUGAUCUUCUGAGCGACGAUUGCUACGAGAACAUUUUAUCUUAUUGUAGUAACGAAGAUUUGAUACGUUUAAUUGGAUGA